UAAACAAAACACAAUACGCUAGUGCCGAAGCUCGCUCGUGAUCAGUCUGUCUCUUUCGCGCUACAAGCAAAUAAUUCCCCUUCUGCUUUCUUCUGUACUGUUUUCAUAUACCGCUCACCUAACCAAUUUAGUGACGAAACGGCCUCACCUAGUACCAUAGACCCGUCUUGCUGUUGACUGCAGUUGCGCAGCGCACAAAAUAAACUAUAAUAAUGUAGAAGCUUUUAAAUUCACACAUAUUUCGCGAAUUUGCACAUAAACAAAUCAACGAACUUCAGGUCUGGUCAGCAGCUCGAGCGUUUGGAUAGUGCAUUCCAGUAUUUCAACUUGCCAUAAACGGUUCACUUGCAAGUCCCGCACUGUAAGGUGUUUCUUCUGAGUGUUUGCUUCUGUUGGGUGACCUGGAAGGACAUUAGGGUUCAGUGUUGAUUUGUGUUGGAAAAACGGAAUGUUGAAUCUGCUCUGCUCGAAGAAAUCCUCAGGUGCUGGACCAAUGCAAGGAUACAAAAUCACCAAUGUGGAGCGGAGUAGGAAGUACGGUGUGGCCGCAAAUUCACUUCGGAUGCUAAGGACGAAAGCUUCCGAAAAGUUCAAGUUACAAAACUGUCGUGUUUACUUGGCUAAAGACGGUGUCGAAGUGCUAGACGAGGACUAUUUCCAAACACUUCCGGCCCAGAUAUUGUUUGUAGUAGCAGAGAAAGAUGUUAUUGUUAAAACUGAUUUUGAGCUUUUGUAUGACGCAAUAAAGUCCACCCAUAGUGAACUGCUGCAGGCCGGCAGCCUGGCUCGAGAAUUCGUCAAUAGUAAUCAGGACGAAGUUCUGAAGCUUCUGCAGCAAGCUCAACGCUCGCAGGACGAGCAGACGGCUAAGAGUCGACGGAACGAGCACGCCGCAUGGUUCGAAGGAAUCGACACGAAAUCGGGCCACACAAAGGAGGAGAUCAUGCAACGCCGUGGCCAGGAUAGGAUACGAGGCUACUAUUAUAAAACCAAGGACGAACUGACAAAGUGUGCUAUUUAUCGCAAGAACCUGAUGGCCAAAGAGCUGAUCGACGAAAUGCUGGAGCUUUUUCGCCAUCUGCUAAUUGGUUUCGAUUACUUCAGCUGUAUAUUCGAUCGAAACCACUCAGUUCGUUUGCCCGAUAGCAAUGUUUCCAACCUAGUAUUCGGGAACGAGGAGGACAACAGCGACGAGACCGACGCUCAAACAAUUCCUUCAAAGCGACUCAAAAUUGCUAUCAAGAAAUCGCUGGAAAAUGACGGUAAUACCAUCGACAAAUACAAGGUCGCUCUUUGCGGUGCAAGUGGUGACUUUCGGUGCAUGGGACUGUGGAACGAAAAGCGAUGCAGGUACCCAGCGCAUGCCAUAAAUCCGUACGCCAGCCGAGAAAAUAUGAUUCUAUUUCAAGUGUGGAACUUGGACCAUCAGGUCGAGUUGAGCCGUGCGGUACUGCCAUCGAUAGUGGACAACGUCGCGAGGAUGAUCGCGAACGAAACGGAUGCCAUAUGUAAGAUACAUAACCGUAGGGGUAAAAAACUCUCUGUGAUAACUUAUUUUAUUGAGCUGUUUACGCUCGGGAACCUCAAGCUGGUUCACAUUGUUUGCCACGACAAAAGUAUUCACGAUCUGAUCUCAAGGGGCGCCAUUAUCUGCGACAAGUGUGCAGAGUACAAGUAUAUUAAAGAAUUUCAAAGCAAGAUACGCUUCAAUAAAGAUGCAUUAAUGUAUUGUUUGCAAAAUGAUGCGAGAAAACAUGAGAAAUCCUAUGAGUCUGAGAUUUGUAUUAGGUUGUGA